UUUUUAACGGAAGUUUCUACGAUAUAUGUACAAAGUGAAAAUGUAGUAUUUUAAGAAUUUCUUAUUUUCCAACCGAUAAUAUAAUAUACUAGAAAUGACAGAAUAACAAUUUUUAUGUUCAAAGUUAUGAUUUCAUGAAAGUAUACUCCCUUGGAGAAUUCAAAGCGAACCAUGCAUAUUUCAGUGCCAAUUAACCAAAAAAAAUAAGCCCAUAUUUUCAUCUCCUCUUAAUUAACUUUCCUUUUUUCUGCAAUACCUUUUUAUUUAUUUAUUUUUCUCUAUAUAAGGUCUUCAAAUCCUUCUCUACUUCAUCAUAAUUUUUUCAUCUGCUCUCUCUCUCUCUUCCAUCACCCGCAAAGGGUUUUUUUUUGGGCAACCAAAGUCUCAACCCUAAACUAAAAAAAAAAACAAAGUCUCGAUCUUUGAUCACACUAAUAUAAAAACCAUAGUUAUCAACUCAUGGCAGAAUUCAAGAUAAAGUUCAAUAAAGGUCAUGCCUUUACAAGCAAAUGUGUUUCCUUGGUGAAGGAACAACGAGCUCGUCUCUAUAUUCUCCGCCGUUGCGCCACCAUGGUUUGCUGCUGGUACAUCCAUGGUGAUGAAUAGAGAGAGAGAGUCAUUUGAGUUCUCCUUCAAAUUAACAUCUACAUAUAACUAAAUAUGUAUAUAUAUUUUCCUCCUCUCCCAUCUCUUUUUCUUGAAGCUCCAUUGAUGUUGAAGCUCUCUGUAUGUGCUGGUGGCUGCAUGGCGUCAUCCCUCUCCAUAGAACUUUUUAUUCUCUUUAUUCUUUUGGUGCAAGACCCUGUAAAAUCUUGUUUUUUAAAACCUAAAAUAUUUUGGGUUUUUUUGUUUAGUUUUCAUGGGUUAUUUUGCAUCAAUUAAAAGAGAGAUAGACUUUAUCCGCCGAUUGUGCUGGCGGAGUUUUUUUUUAUUUCUGGAACAUAUGGAGAAAGAGGCCAAUGAUGAUGAUGUUAUGUGAGCAAAUGAGUUCCUACUAUGAAGUCUUGUGGAAGUUUUGGGUUUAGUUUCAUUUUUACCAAAAAGUCUGUUUUGGUUUCAUAUAUAUCAUAAGAUCUUCUUCUUUGACUUUUGCCUCAGGUUGUUAAACAAUGCGAGAAUAAAAAAAAAGAAUAAACACAACCUUUUUGAUCUUUGUCUAUUUAGAUUGUUGUAUUUGCUCAAGCUCAAAAUUAAACAACACAUAACUCAUCUGAUUUUAUUUUACUAACAACAUUUUGGCCGUGUUCCGGUUCAGCCAGAACUUAUUCCAUAAACCGAGUUCCGGUUCAGCCAGGACUUAUUCCAUAAACAGAGCACUCUAACACUCUUCAAAUAAGGUACAUCUGAAUGUCAUAAUCCGGUCCAUCAUCUUUUUUUUUUGUCUAUUCAUCGAUUUUUAUAUUUCUCGCAACUAUUAUUCCAUUUAAAAUGGCUAAUGCAAGAGAAAAAGAAAAGGUUUAACGUGACAAAUUCGGAUAAACGAAGGCACGUGUUGGUGUUUAGAAAGUGGGCCUUCGACACAAUAACUCAAUAAAAUUUCGUAUGCGUGCGUGUGUAGGUGUUGAGAAAGUGGGCCUCUUGUCCUAAACGACCCAACAAUCCUACACGUCUUUUAGUUCCCGCUCUUUCUUACCCAUAUUUUGCAAAUGUUGCAUUUCUUUCUCACACCUUACUUCAAAAGUGAAAACCAAUGUUUCUAAGUUAAGUUUGUACAUAAAUAUGAUUAAAAUCGGUUUCUAAUAAUCCACAUAACUCUUGUUGGAGUAAAUGUCGAAUCUCAUAAACCCCUAUCAUUUGGAAAUCUGCGUUUAUGUUGUAGUUAUUAUAGGAAUAGGAUUAUAUUGGUUUGGCAUGGUAAAUGUGAAUAUAUGAUAACGAUCGUUGUAAUAUAAACAGGCAUGAAUUUAAAUAUACAAGGACUUCAUCCUAUGUAAGGAGUAAGGACCAGUCGGUUAAAAGCGGCUCUCGCAACUCUCAGUAUAGAUAGACUAAAAAACACGUUUUAUAUCAUUUAAUGCAAGGCUUGUAAGAUGGUCUGGUACAAAUAAUUUUUUGCUCUCUUGACAUGCACGCAACACGUCGGUUCUUUCUACUGUCAGUUCUGAAUCCUAUUUAUUCCGAAAGAAAGUAUACUCUCCAACACGCAAACCAUUUUUUUUCUUGUAAUGUGUUUCAUUUUUCUCAGAAGAGUAAAUAACUAAUAUGUAUUUCUAAAUUAUAGGUCAUCAAAACCAAUGCUUUGUUUUUCAGUAAAUACUAUUUGUAAUGUUUCUUUCUAUGAGAAAUUUCGGUGGACUCUUGUUAACAAGUGGCUUAUUUCAUAUUCCAAGAAAUUAGUGAUGGAAUAACUUAAUUUCAAUACUUUAUUUAUUUAAACCAAAAGAAAUAUAUUAUUCGGUCACUAUAUAGCACAAAAACCUAUACAAAUACAGAGUCAUAGACUCCAAAGGAAUAACAUGAUAAAGGGCAUAAAAUACGUAUGAAAAAUAUAUCGACCAAGUUUGUGAACGUUACGAACUUACGAAUAAUCUAUAGAAUUGAGAGUCUACAUAUAAAGGGUUUGUAGUUGGAUUAUCUAUAUAUUAAUUGCCAUGUUACUUUAAAUUUCAUGAUUGAAACAAUAUCUUUAAUGUAAACCAUUAAAGCAUACACCAUCCUUUAUUCAAGGAUAUUGGUAAAUAGAUAAAUAAGAAAGCAUACACAAAAUACACACUAACACGCACCAGGACCAUGUUAUAUUGUUAUGGAAGCAAAUAGCUAUUUUCCAGUGGACCUACCAAAAUAACGGUCGUCUAGCUUUUGCAAGAAAAUCAACACGUAGUUUGUCGGCAAACAAAUAAACGGCACCACAUUACGCGUAGUCUAGUCAAUUAUCGUAUCACAUGGUCUAGUAGUUCAACGGCUUGAUUGAUGAUUUCUUAAAUGCUUGGUUAGGAGCUAAUAAAUGUAAAUUGUUUUGUGUAUAUAUAGAUUCGAACUUCUUAUUUUUCUUUGUCUAACAACUUUGUAUUUAUUGAACAUGUAGUCCGCGUCAAGUGUCAAUAAAAAAAUUAAAAUAUACCUAAUACCAACUCCACGAUACAAUCUUACGAAAUUUAUAGCUAACGAACUCGAAUAAUUACCAAUGAGACAAACGAAAACGAAACUGUAAUAGCAAUAAAUAUUAGCUCGAUGAGAUUGUUGUUGUCACCGGACGAAUAUUUGUACUUUUGUAGAUAGACGUCAGGCUUCAAAGAAGCUUGUGUUUUGUUUUAUCUAAUGUUUUCUUAACAUCUGUUUUCAUUUGAUGAAUAAUUUGAUCAAGAAACCAAAAUUGCCGGAGAGAUACAUCAUAUCUUUCGUUAUAUAACAUAUAUACCGUCCGCGUCAUCCAUUCUUGCUGGCACACGCUUGGCUUCGAGCAAUUGAUCUAUUCUACAAAUACAAUAAUGGUAACUGUAAGCAUGUUUUUUUUUUGAAACUAACUGAGUAACUGUAAGCAUGUUUGUAAAUUUAAUAUUUAGAAACCUUUAUCCAAUUUAUGUAGGAGAGUAAGAAAAAUUUAUGUUCACGGGAUUUCAAGUGUAGGAGUUUUAGCUAUCUAAAUACCUAAUUUACUACUCUAUUAUUUAGAGUGAUUUUUUUUUUUUAAAUACAUGUCACCAUUAGGUUUGUA